AUGUCUUCAGUUCCUUCAAAGGCGUCUUUGAAUCAGAAGAAGGCUGGAGGAUUGCGCGCGACCCUAAAACGCAUGUUCUCGAGCAAGAAACACAGGUCCGUGCCCACCGAUACCAGUGGAUUCCGUUACGGCGAGUCUGGACAUCUCAAAUCCGUCACAGAGCAACCAGUUCGAACACGACUGGACUCGGCUCCUCCGCUGGGAGCGGAUUUUACCUCACGAGGAGCUGCGCUGACCUCCCAUUCCACCACGUAUCCGCAAUUUGAAGCUGUUCACGAGAGCUUACCGCCUCCUCCGCGGCGCGGGCGUCGCAACACUUUGCCUAGUCUGGUCUUCAGUGAUCACCAGUCUAGUUUCGUACAGGCAGUCGUUGAUUGGCCUGUACCACGAUCCUCUCCAGUGGAAAAGGGGGCGAAAGAAGACUGUGUCUCGGACCGUCAGUUCAAGCGACGAUCUAAGAGCGCAGAUGCACUCAACGAACUUGUCGAUCGAGGCUCCGUUGAGCGUCCUUCCACUCGCGAUCGAGCAGGUGAGAUCGCUUACUGGCGCAACAGCGCCAUUCAAAACCCUGUGCCUGUUUAUAGCGGCCAGUCGAUCUCGGUAGAUGCCACACACGUCCUGGGGCCCGACAAUUCGGUGGCGGUGGCGGAAUCAGAGCACGAUCGUUCUAUCGUAGACCCCAUGCAGACUUUUGACUUUGGCCUUGGAAGUCCAGAACGGGACGAGAUUGGACUAGAGCAGAGGGUUAAUACUCUCGAAAUCAAGCUCUUCGAUUUUGAAUUUGCAUUGGCCAAGCUCCAAGGCAACGACCUGCCGAAUCCAAGGCUGAACCCAAGACCAUUCAGCCGCGGCUCGAUAGGGGACAUAUUCCAGCAGAAUAAGACAAGCCUAACCUGGACAACGGAAUCGUCAAACGAUUUGAGCUACCUUUCUUCCGGCGGAGUCCAGGAUCUAACUUUCCUAUCUUCUCCUGGCGAGUCUCCUUUGCCCUCCCCAGAAGCCGAUGACAUGUUCCGCCCUCAAAGAGCGAGCAAAGCAACGACUGCCACCAUCAGACCCGCGACUGCGCGACGAAGAUCACCCAGACGCUCUCGGGGAACUUCGCCGUCCUCGAUUCAUAUUCCUUCAGACAAGUUCGAGGCUCUAUUGGACAUGAUGAAGGAAGAAAAAGCGGCUCGACAAAAAUUGGAAGAGCAGGUACACGAACUACAGAAAGAGAUGAACAGCUUGAGGACUCCGAUCUACGCUACGAUUAGGGAACCAUAUCCGACGCCUAGCCCUGAGUCGAAACAGGAUGCAUCUGGCACACCACCUCGAAUGAAAACACUGCAUCGGACGCAUCCAUUUCUGUUAGACCCACCUGUACCACAAGAAAUUUCUCGUUUUAGCGGCACAGAAGAUUCGGAUGUUGAGGAAGGCUUUGAGGACGUCUAUGAAACCCCACGAGAGGAGCAACGUGAUAAAUUUGAGACAACGAGGGAUUCGCAGCAGGUGGCAGUUACAUGA